AUGCGUCUUCCCUACGCCGACCUCUCGUCCCCAACCUUCUCCUCUCCUUCCGAUCGCGCAAUCAUCGAACGUGUUGAAGCCCGCCGCGCACCUCGUCCCCUUCAACCUCUAGACUUAACUUUACUGCACAGUCCCCCUGUAGCAGAUGGCUGGAAUUCAUUUCUCGGGGCUAUAAGAACACAAACGGGGCUGGCGGAUGAUGUUAGGGAGAUAGCGAUUUGUAGAGUAGCGAUUUGUAACAAGGCUUGGUAUGAGUGGGGGCAUCAUGCGCCAUUGGCGAAGAAAGGGGGGGUUAGUGAUGAGGGAAUGGAGGUGCUGAAGAGGGAGAGAUGUGAGAGGGAAGGGAAGCGAGAAGGGAAUGGGGAUGCAGAGGGAUUGAGUGGGAAACAGUGGGCGGUGGUGAGGUAUACGGAUGAGAUGACUAGGAAUGUAAGAGUGCCGGAAGAGGUUUUUGAGGGGUUGAAAGAGUGGUUUGAUGAGAAGGAGAUUGUGGAGUUGACGGCUACGGUGAGUUGGCUCUUUCUUUCAGAGUAUUGGGGAUAUGGGACUCGAAUCGAGUGGAAGUUGAAAGUGAUCGCAGCAUACAAUUGUGUCAGCAGGUUCUUGGUGGCUUUAGAUGUUGGCGAAAGAAACAAAUUGACUGGGCCCGACAAUGUGGCUCAUUAA